AUGAAAUUCUUCGUGUGCUUCGCCCUCAUCGCCGUCGUCGCCCAGGCUUUGGCUUCUCCCGCUCCCGUUGCCAGCUCUGCUGUUAGCGCCAGCACCAGCGGCGGCUCCGUCGCUCAGGCUACACAGGAGUCUGAGGCCGAGGGCGCCUAUGGUGAUCUGACCCGUCUGCGCAAGUCCGCCUAUGGCGCCAGCUCUGGCGGCUAUGGCGCCCAAAGCGUGCCAGCUCCACCUUGCCCCAAGAACUAUCUGUUCAGCUGCCAGCCCAACUUGGCUCCAGUUCCCUGCGCUGCUCCAGCUGCCAGCUACGGAUCCGCUGGUGCUUACUCCGCUCCAGCCACCUAUGCGUGCCCCAGCAGCAGGCAGUACUCGGACUACGCUCCCCAGGCUUAUGGCUACCAAUACUAA